CCCUGUCCAAAAACUAGAAGAACACUUGAAACGGGGAUGCAUCGAAUAGAAUUGUCCUCUACAGUUGUCCUCUACAGCUGCAAGGCCAGAGACUUCACCGAAAGCAACAAGCAGAUUGUUCGAGUCUUGGACCCCGACAUCGUUGUGAUCAAAAUGACGAAAAUCGUAAACAGCAACUCCACCAAGGAAUACGAUAACCAAGAUGAAGAUAAGCUGGGGACAUGCGUGAGGAAGAAGAUGAAAAUAUUUUCCAAGUACGCCGGACCAGAAGAAGAAGAAGAAGACGAAUUUGAUGAGUCAGAGGAGACAAAAUGUGAUUUUGAAAAGAGCAAUCAUAGCAAGCUGAAAGAGUUUCAACUUUUCGACAUGAAAGCCAUCGUUAUUUACACAUCAGCGAGCUUCGUGGUUGUGACGUUUGCUGUUGGGACUGUAUUUGAUUUGAUCAGAUACCGUAAACAAAAAGAUCUUAUUAAAGCUGAUGUUGAAGCUUGUCGCGGUCGUAAAAGGAAUGCAGUUGAAGAGAGGAUGGAACGAAGAGCGUAAAACGUAAAGGGAGGAGGGUUAACUUACAGUUCGAGUUUUGUUGCUGUUGUUUUUGUAUGGUAGAGGUCGUUUUGCUAUUGCGUCUAUCAAUUUUUUAGGAAGUUCAGUGGUAAGGUCUUUUUAUAAUCGAUGAAUAACAAUACAGUUGCUCUUUUCUCUCCAAAGGUCUCUCACAACGACCAGAUUUUAUGACCCACUGAUUUGAAAGGAAAACAAAAUAAAUAAGCAUGAACUCUAACACACUCUUCCCCUAAGACGUCUAAAUAUGCAGAUCCCAUAUUGUUGCACCCGGCUGUAAAGAACUUACAACUUGAGACCGAUCAGGCUGAAAUUUCUGAUCGUCAUCAACUUACAAAAGCAACAACACUUGUAUCAGUACUCUAGCUUUUAAAUAUUUUUAAACAUAAGAUACAGAUAUUGGAUAAUAAAACAGUAGGGUGACGAUUUAUAAAAAAAAAUAUGCAGAAGUCAGUGAAGAGAUGUUAAUGUAUACCGAUCGCCGGUUUCGUAAAUGUGUUCAGAUAAAUCAUAAAAGUAACAGAGAUUAAAAUAAUAUCAAU